AUGGUUCGACCUGGCUGGCAAGCCAGUCCCACGGGACGACACAGUAGUGCUUUCCACAGGAACGCCGCAUCAGCAGGGCACGACCUUGCGGAUAUUGUGGACGGUCAUUCUCGUGAAACAACAGCACAAACUUUGCACGAAUAUCUCGGGGAGCAAAGCUUCGAGGUGGUGCCAACCCUGGAAGAGGCAGAGCUGAAUGACUUGAGGAUGGGUCAGGUCGGUCCCUAUAUCCGGGCAAUCAUGGACCCCAAGGACACGGAAUUCAAUCGAUUGCAGUGUCCGCGGCCUUUCAAGGAUCGGUACAGAGUGCUCCGGGCACAACGGGAGGUACUAACCCAGUCCAAGCAGCAGCCACCGAAAAAGCGGUACUUCUUCGCCCUCAAUCUCUACCAGUGCGCCUAUGUGCUACCACGGUUGCUAGCAUCGGUCGUCGAGGCCAUGCGGAAGCUCGGUCCAGAAGACUGCGUCUUGUCGAUUGUCGGCGGCCGCUCCGAUGAUGGUACUACAGAGAUCCUCUCGGUAAUAAGAGAAGAAAUCGAAGCCCUCAACGCAACUUACUACUUUGGCACUAGCGACAUUGACCCGUGGAGAAAGGGCCGCGAUCGAGUGACGGAGCUUGCUAAGCUCCGAAACCUGGCGCUCGCUCCUCUGUACACUGGACAGCAACUGUGGGCAGCAGAUGCGACGGUCAUCUUCGUGAACGACGUGUCGAUAUGUACCGACGACAUCCUGGAGCUUGUCUAUCAGAAACAAUACCAGCAGGCGGAUAUGGUCUGUGCAAUGGACUGGAACAACAACGGAGCCACGUUCUACGACUCCUGGAUAGGUCGCAGCAUGAAUGGUGAUAUGUUCGUCGAGGUUCCGCAGAGCGGCUCUUUCGAGUUUGCGAGCAACUUGUUCUGGAACGACGAGGAGGCUCGACGUCACAUCGACGAGAGAUUGCCUCUGCAAGUAUUCGCCUGUUGGAACGGCGCGGUGGCCUUCAAAGCUGAACCGUUGCUCCUGCACCAUCUCAUGUUCAGGGCACCGUACAAGGAUGAAUGUUAUACAGGAGAGCCAACUCUGUUCUGUAAAGACCUCUGGGCUCUGGGAUACGGCCGCAUUGCAGUCAUUCCUAGCGUGAAUGUGGGAUAUAACGACGAGCAGUCGAAAGGGGCAAAGGAGAAGCAUGGAUAUGCCUCGGGGAACAUUCAGCAAACGGAACAUGACAAGGCUUUAUCGACUGCGAUCAAGUGGGAGAAGUCCCCGCCAGCGCUUGUCAAAUGUCAGCCUGAUUGGAGGCAUUCCUCUUGGGCACCAUGGGACGAUGCUCUGGAGGAGCAUAUUCCAUUCGACUGGACACGAUCUGGAUACUUCAACGCCAAGCAGCCGUUCAGCCAAGAGCUUGAAUUUGAGGACGAAAUUGACGAGGAUUUGGGAACCAGCACGGUCAGUGAAAGUCACGUCGUCGACGGUAACGCUACAGAGCCCGAGGGACAUGGUAUCGAUGGUGACUUCCGCGGUGAUGGAGGCGAGACUGAUGUCGGUGAAGCCAUUCUUGUUGACAGCACGCAAGGUUGA